AUGUCGACAUUCCGAUUACCUACAUUAAAAUAUGAAAAUGGAGAAAACAGCGAUGAAAGUCCGUCGCAAAAUUUGGAGAAUGGCCAUUCGAAGUCAAAAGAGCAAGAAUAUUUUUUGAAAACAAGGAACGAUUCAGAAGUAUCCUUUGCGGAACAAGAAACGACAGAUUCGUGCGAAGACGAACCGAUGUUAGAAGCUUUGGAUAAUUUAUCAGACCAUGAAUUAGACGAACUUUUGGGCAAAGCUUUGGCGCUGAAUAAAAGAUUAAAACAACAUUUAAAAGAUGAGAGUUUGUCAGGCGGAGUGAAAGCGCAAGAAAAGGGGACUUUAGAUAUGUCGAGGACAAGAAAUACUGUAGUUUUGCCGCCCAUUGUUAAGAAUGAUAGUGCAAUGUCUACAAGACUUAGGACAAACAGAUAA